GACGCGAGAAACAUUCUCGUCAAAAGAAACGGGACAACAUGGAGUGCUUACUCGGGAUUCAGGGCAAUGGUUUCGUUAUUUUGGCCGCCGACAACAUAGCCGGACGAAGUGUCCUGGUCUACAAGCACGGUUACACCCUGUCACCCCACGCUGCUGCCAACUUCACCAGGAAAAACAUGGCAGACUACCUGCGCAGCUCGACCCCGUACUUUGUGAACCUCCUGAUUGCUGGCCAUGAUGAGACAGCAGGCCCCCAGCUGUACUUCCUGGACUACCUGGCCUCACUCAACAAGGUGCCGUUUGCAGCACACGGCUAUGGGGGUUUCUUCGUGCUGAGCAUCUUUGACAAAUACUACAGGGAAGACAUGACCAAAGAUGAGGCUGUAGAAUUGCUGCACAAGGCCAUUGCUGAGAUCCAGAAGCGAUUCAUAGUGAACCUGCCCACCUUCAGUGUACGGAUGGUGGAUAAAGAUGGAAUUCAUGACUUAGAGCCGAUACCAGCCAGACCAAUUCCAUAUUAAGUAGCUCUGUUUGCACCAUAACAUUCAUGUCUGUAUUAACAUAUUUCCAAAAGUAUGGAAGAGACACUGGAGUAAGAUAUAAGUGACAUAUUUUCUUAGGGUGUACCAAGGAUGCUGCCUUGAGGGACACAAUGUCAUUGUUACCAUCUGCUAUAACAGUUACGAAACAUUAGUUAGCAUUCCAGGAUUUAUAUAAAAAAGCAGGCAUACUUUCUCAUCAAACCAUUCAUAUUUGUGUUGUUGAGAGCCACCUCCUAUCCAGUUGCAAAGCCAUUUCCUAUAGGAUGUUCAUAAAAACAACAAAAAAUCCAUUUGUCUGGCUUUCUACUCUUUGUCUUCAAGAUAGAUACGGCUUGACGGGGUUGACAAACAUCAUGCAGCUGAGUAUAUGUGUAGUCUUUAUCACAGUUGACUUUGUAAUGUUUCCAUUGAAUUAAAAGUUCAGAAACACUGAA